CGCUCCCAGACCCGCCCAUUCUGCCGUGCGGGUGUCGAAGCCAGCGGGCUGCUUGCUGCUGCGACUGCGCCUCCUCGUUCCCCCGCGUCACCGCUGCCGCCAUGCCCGGAGGGCUCCUUCUCGGGGACGUGGCCCCCAACUUCGAGGCCAAUACCACCAUCGGCCGCAUCCGUUUCCACGACUAUCUGGGAGACUCAUGGGGCAUUCUGUUCUCUCAUCCACGAGACUUUACCCCGGUGUGCACCACCGAGCUUGGCAGAGCUGCAAAGCUGGCACCAGUGUUUGCCAAGAGGAAUGUUAAAAUGAUCGCCCUUUCUAUAGACAGCGUGGAGGACCAUCUUGCCUGGAGCAAGGAUAUCAAUGCUUACAACGGUGAUGAGCCCACAGAAAAGUUACCUUUUCCCAUUAUUGAUGAUAAGAACCGGGACCUUGCCAUCAAGUUAGGCAUGCUGGACCCUGCAGAAAAGGAUGAAAAGGGCAUGCCUGUGACAGCUCGAGUGGUGUUCAUUUUUGGCCCUGAUAAGAAACUGAAACUAUCUAUCCUGUACCCCGCUACCACCGGCAGAAACUUUGAUGAGAUCCUCAGAGUAGUUAUAUCUCUCCAGCUGACAGCAGAGAAAAGGGUUGCUACUCCUGUUGAUUGGAAGGAUGGGGAUAGUGUGAUGGUCCUUCCAACCAUCCCUGAAGAAGAAGCCAAAACGCUGUUCCCUAAAGGUGUCUUCACCAAAGAGCUCCCAUCUGGCAAGAAAUACCUCCGCUAUACUCCCCAGCCCUAAGUCUGCCCAGCAGUUGCAUGGAAACAUCAGUGCCAUCACAGCCAGCGUCAUCAUGCUGCUGUACUACUGGCUUAUUAAAUGGAAGUGGCCCUAAAACUUUCUUGGGAUUCUUUACUCUGUGCCUUCACCAGCAUUUUAUUUGUUCCUCCAGCUCAGCAGUCUGCUGGCUGGCUCGCUGAACUAUAUUGUGUAUUCGAGACUCAAAUCUUGUAUCUACGUGGUUUGUAAAUCAGCAAGGUCAUAUACAGUGUUGGGUGAGGAAGCUUGCUUCACUCAGUCAUGGGGUGAUUACCAAUUUUUGUAGUGGUCCUGAUCCAAUAAAUCUUCUCCUCCAUUGCUUAUUUUGGAUAACAGUAGAAUUAGAGGUUCCAAUUCCUCUGUAAGUCUUAAGUAAAUAACUUAAGAACUUAGAGAAACUCUUAUUCUUUAAUACUCAGUAUUUUUCUAAUCAUGAUUGGGGGGAAAAAUUUAAUUCUGUACUUCUCUAGUAGUAACUGAAACUAGAAGAGUGACAGGGAAGAGUCUUUAAUUAAUGUGCUAUAAAGAAAUUGCCAUAAAUUUCUAAAUGGAGAGUGUGCAGAAAAGGCUUCCUGUCAGGGAAUGGUGUACAUGAAGAUGUGAGCAGGACAAGUACCAAUGUUCUCCAUUGAGUAUUCCCUGAUCACCUCUCUCUAGUAACAGAUACAUGUGACUGGCACAGCUUUUGAAGAGAGGGGAGGUGGUUAUGAAUGUUUGUCACAGGACUGUUCUCACAGGGGGCUGCUAUUUUCUGAAUUUUGCUCUUGGGGGAUCAGCAAAUAAAAUCCUUUGUUGAAACUGGA